CGUCCACCUCGUCCCUCGUGCCUGGCAGGUCCGCCUUACUCCGCAUAGAUUGGUUGUCCGCCCCCCACGCCCCGCGCUGAUUGGCUCACGUCGCUGCCGCUCCAUUUCAGCCUUGUGGCGCGCGGCGGGGCGGCUACCGGCGGCAGCGGCAGCGGCAGCGGCGGAAGUGACCGGCGAGCCCGGUCCCCGCUGACACCAUGCUUCCCUUGUCACUGCUGAAGACGGCACAGAAUCACCCCAUGUUGGUGGAGCUCAAAAAUGGGGAGACAUACAACGGGCACCUGGUGAGCUGUGACAACUGGAUGAACAUCAAUCUGCGAGAGGUGAUCUGCACGUCCAGGGAUGGGGACAAGUUCUGGCGGAUGCCCGAGUGCUACAUCCGUGGCAGUACCAUCAAGUACCUGCGCAUUCCUGACGAGAUCAUCGACAUGGUGAAGGAGGAGGUGGUGGCUAAGGGCCGUGGCCGAGGUGGCCUGCAGCAGCAGAAACAGCAGAAGGGCCGAGGCAUGGGAGGUACCGGUCGAGGUGUGUUUGGCGGCCGGGGUCGCGGCGGGAUCGCAGGCACAGGCAGAGGUCAGCCAGAAAAGAAGCCCGGCAGACAGACGGGCAAACAGUGAGCUGCCCCAGCCAGAGACUGAGCGGCGGGCUCUGCUCCCACCUGAGGCUGCGUUUCUACUCUCCGGUUCAGAAGGAACAGACAUGCUGGGGAAGCCCCUGGCCUGGUCUGUGGUCUGCUCUUUAUGUAAAGUCCUUGUUUCUGCCAGCACUUCUACAGUUGGAAACGCUGUCCAUUGUUUUUGGUUUUGUGAAAUUGUAACAUCUUUUAAAAGUCCAUGCUCUUGUUUUGAGGGCAGGCUUCUUCCAAGCAGGUUUGUUUGCAUUUGAGUUGGAGUCCCGUGUGGCAAACAGACGGGAUUUAUUUUAAACUCUGCUGAGAUUGACAGCCUCAAGUUUUUUGAAACACAGACCCCAGAGUUGCCUUUUCAUAAUAAAUGUGGAGAAGCACGUGCCCCACAAGCUGUACCAGGAACGUUGUUGGCCCUUGCCCUUUGGCCUCCCAUCUCCCUCUUUGUGUUAUAAAAAUAAAAGCAAAUGCAACUACAAAC